UGUUCCUAAAAAACUUUUGCAGUGAGGCUACACAUUUUGUUUCAUAUGCCUGGGCCUUAGAAAAACUGCAUCCAUGGUAAACAAAUCGGAGUCAAUCUCCUUCCUCGCCCCACGGCCUCCAGCACCUCUCCGCUGCCCAUGCAACUCUCACCACGGCUUCAGAGAAGAAGCGUACGAACACCAAGAGGGAUAUUAAGGUUGAGGAGCUGGUUCUGAACAUCUUAACUGACAAGAGUGGAGACCGGCUUGCCAUGGAUGCUAAUUCUCUCUCACAUGCAACUGAAGAAAUCGUUGAAUCGGAUAUAGAUUUUUCCAUUCCAUGUGUAGUAAAUUGGGAACAAAUUGAGCUAUCAGAAAGUUUUCUUGUCUCUUGUAUGUUUGAGGAAGCGGCUUCAUUGUCUUCAUCAAUAAUAAAACAGCUAUGCAAUGUUAAUUGUUCAGAGUCGACAGAAAAUUUGGAAAUUGAUGACAUGAAAGAAUCGGCUGCAAUGGUGUUUAUUCAGUCCUACAAAGAGUUAGGAAGGACUCAAGAGAUGUUGCAUGAGUUGAAAGUUUUGUUUGGUUCAGUGACAGCCAUUCCUAUUCAAGCUCUUGUUACCGGAGCGUGCUUGCAAAUAUCAGAAGGAUGUGCAUCAUCUCUUCGAGUGACCUUGGAGGAGUUCCUUGGAAAAUGGAAGUACUCUGAAGGUCUAUCUUGUUAUGUCCUUGCAAACUUGGAAACAGAAAACUCAUGUUCUCAGAAAUAUAUUCGUCAGUGUUCCCUGAGAACUGAAGAGUAUUUGAAGGUUGCAGAAUUUUAUGCUGUUGUCCUUCAUGGGAGGAUUUUGAAGAAUGCUAAGCAUGCGAUGUCAUGGUUGGAGAAUGCUGAUAUAUUGGAAGAGGAAAGGCAGGGAAUGUUGAGAAAAUUACACGCUGCUGCUUCUCUUAGUGAAGCCAGUUCUUCAGCUCAGCAGAUUGAGAGAAAGGGAGGUCUUGCCAUUUCUGGUAAAGGAUUCGCUGAAUCUGGAGGGGAUGGGUAUUCAGGAGUUGUUGAGGCAAAACCUCCAAGGCACACAGGAAAUGAUUGUGGAUCCAUUUCAGGAGGCAACCAUAAGUCUUUAGUGCUUUUAAAGAAGCCUGUAUACGCAUUACACAUGUGGUUCCGUAAAAUUAAUGCAAAGUUUGGUUACAUGCAUUUACUGGCCGCUCAUGGAAAGAUCGCAAUAUGGGGAUCAUUGGUCUUCUUUAUUUACUACAUUUUCCAUAGGAAACACGAUAUCAUAAAGCGCACCAUUGUGAAGCAGGCUUUGGCUUUAAGAAAGGCUCUAGUAGAUGCCUGGCAGCUUGCAUUUUCCGUCCAUGUGAAUCCUCUUGCCGCUGUUCAGCCUCUUCCUGCUGCUGCACGAGGAAGCAGGUGAUGGCUACCUGAAUAUAAAUGGGGUGACCUUUUUUUGUUUCUUAUAUUAGUUUCUUUGCCUAUUUCCGAAGAAAAAAUAAGAAAGAAUUGUGAUUAUCAGAAUGAUGGAGCUUACCUUAGAAAUUUGGAACCUGAUAUUGCAUAAAAAAGGCCUUUUCUUGUCAUUUAUUUCUCUUUAAUCCGAUGAUGGAGAUAGUGUAAAAGUGGGAAAGCUUUCACAUAAAUAUGCAGAAAAUCACCAUUGAGAGAAAAA